AUGCAUGCAGCGCGCUCGAAUUCCUCGCUUCACCCACCUGCGGGAGAUGUACCUGAACAUCGACACCGUCGCAACGCACGAGCCGCCUCCGGCGCAGGCGGAAAGACUCGGCUUGCUGUCGUGCAACCAGCACCGUUCUGUUCAACUAAGAAGGAUGCACCACGUCCCAAGGGGGCCUGUAGCGUAUCGUUGCGAAUCAUCCUGCACGAUGAGCUCUGCUGUGCUGCGCCGUGGCAUGCUCCGCACACGCCAGCGUUGAAGCUAGCAGCGCGGACUAGAUUCCGGCAGACCGAAAGCGCCGCGCCUCCUCCUCCUCCUCCUCCACCUGGGCGCGUCUCCAGAGGCCUCGAAUGGUCCAGCACUACUCGAGCAACCACUUGGCCGCUAUCCCAUUGCUUCGCAGGGCUGAGUGUGCCAGAGGGGACUGGCCGGUUGCGCCGCCCCCUUCUCCAAAGCGAACAGCAGGCACACUGUCCCUGCUCACCUGCACUACGAGCCUCUAACGCACCCUCUUUCCGUCCGAUGCUUGUCGGCCUGAUAAAUCUCUGCGCCGAGGGGGCGCCUUUGGACGGUGUCCAUGGCUCGCAAUCUCCUGCGUAA